AUGGAAAACUUCCAGUACAGCAUCCAGCUGAGUGACCAGGACUGGGCUGAGUUUUCGGCCACGACGGAAGAGUGUGGUCUCCUGCAGGCCGGCCUGGCCUCAGGGGAUGAGCUCUUGUCCAGUGACAUUGACCAAGGGGACAGCAGUGGCAGCAGCCCUCCGGGGCCUCCACCCCUUCUCGAGGGGCGGCCGGCUUCUGGGGGGAGGGGCUGGCCCGGCUUCAAGGAGGAGGACGAGGCAGCUCCCCGGCCGCCGGUCAGCAGGUCUUGGCAUGAGCCUGUCUUGGCCCCGGGGCCCAAUCAGCAGACGCCCAGCACGUCCGCACGGUCAGAAGCUCUGCUGUCCCUCAGAUCUGAUGCCACCCCCCAAGGCCAGAGCUUGUCGGUUCGAGGGCCGGUGUCUCCCCGAGGCGAGAUGCAGAGGCUUCUGCAGGGGCCUGCCCCUCAGGGCCCUGCCCCUAGUGCCCCCGGUGAGCCUUCCCAGAACUCUGAGCCUCCUGGCGGCACCCCGGCUCCCCAGAGGCCCCCCGGCAGCCCCGGAGCCCCGGCACGCGGCCCUAGCCGGAAGAAGAGGCGCGCCGCUGGGGCCGAGGGGGGCGGGUGCCUGAGCACCCCCGGCCCGGCUCCCCCCCAGCAGGGUUCCCCGCUGCCUGCCGAGGUCAGGCCCAAGGAGCGCCUUGGCCUGGCUGUGUCCGGGGGGCAGGGUCUCCUGGCUGGGGCAGCGGAGCAGACCGCAGGAACUGGGCAGGGAGAACGGGGUCUGGAGUCUGCAGGAACCCUUGCACAGGUGACCUGGCAAGGAGCAGCUCCGGAUCUGCCGACACCUGUCCCUGCGACUGUGCAAGGUGCAGACCUCCUGAGAAUGGCCCCGGGAGCUGAGCUCCACACCACGUCCACACCUGCCCGGGCCGCUUGUCCAGAUAUUUCAAUGGCUGAGUCAGAUGUGCCUCUGUCUACACCUGCCUCCAAGCUUCAGCCUGACAUGCCUCUGUCUACACUUGCCUCCAAGUCUAGACUGGACAUGGACCUGCCUGUGCUGGACCCAGUGGUCAAGCAGGAGGUGGAUUCGUCCACACCUGCUCCGCCGCCUCACCUUGUGUCCAAGGCCCAGCCUGACGUGGGCGUGUCAGCAGCUGUUCCCGCUUCCGGGGCCGGGCCUGACGUGGUGAAGGUGGAGAUUGGCCUAGUGGCCACGCCGCAAUUGAGCCCUCUUGGGUCUCCAGGAGGACACCGGGAGAAGCCCAGAGAGGAGCCCUCAGCAGGUGCCCCUGGACAUCACUCAGGGGAGCCCCCACCAGGCCGGGUCCAAACCCCCAGGAAGAAGAAAGUGCGCUUUUCCAUGGCUGUGCCCAGCCCUGAGGGGCCAGGCUCAGGAGAGACCUCAGGAUCCCCGUCGCCAGCCACAGCCCGGCCCUCAUCCCCCAGGACAGCCACGGGGGGCCGAGGGGGGACUGGAGGCUGGGACGCCAUGGCAGUUGGGCCCCGGUCUCCGCAGCCUCGGAUCCUCAAACACCUGCCUCCCCCUUCCCCCUCCGCUUCGGUGGGGCCCAGGCCCGGGAGCAGCUUUGCAGUGACCCUCCCAGAGGCCUAUGAAUUCUUCUUCUGUGACACUAUCGAGGAGGAGGAUGAAGGUGCUGAGGAGGCGGCAGAAGCCGACCAGGCCCUGUGUGAAGCACGGUGGCCAGACGUGUGUGAAUUCUUCUUCCAGGACCACGGAGCCCAGAGGCCGGGGCAUGGGGGGAGCCACCCUGUGUCCCAGCCCCCACGAGCUGAGGCUGUACGGGCCGCUCCACCUGGAGACCCUGUGCCCAUCUCCAUCCCCGAGGCCUACGAACACUUCCUUGGGGAGGACUCCCCGGGAGGCACGCCUGAGCUGGCCGCCCUGCUCCCGGUGCAGGCCACAGAGCCCCCCAGCUUGGCGCCCUGGGGCGUGGGGCCUGGCACCCCACCAGAGCCCGGCCCAACCACAGCAGAGCAGCUCAGUCUGGCCGUCAGACAAGCAGGGGGGCUCCGAGAUCCUCUCAGCUCUUUGACCCUCAGCCAGAAUGACAUGUGCCUCGUGUUUGUGGCCUUUGCCACCUGGGCUGUGAGAACAUCAGACCUGCACACCCCAGAUGCCUGGAAAACAGUCUUGCUGGCCAACAUCGGCACCGUCUCUGCCAUCCACUACUUCCGCCGGCAGGUGAGGAAGGGACGCCGCAGCCGCAGCCCCAGCUCUUAG